GUCGAGAACAUGUGGUUGCUAGUGUAACCCAAUAUGGAGCCCCUGUCCCAAAUUGAUGGUCAUAGCUUGGAACUAUACCUUCUUCGGAAGUUUGUUGAUAUCUAUUCUCUGUGGAGACCAGCUCCCUUGCCAACUCAUCUUGCCGACCAAAACUUUUUUGAAUUUCUUCACCGCAUCACACAAACAGCUCCUAUCGUCGCGUGCGCUAUUACUUUCGAACGAAUAGGAUUGCUACUCACUCGCUCCUAAUAGGACCCAUUUACAUGAUUAUCGGCCUUCCAGAUUGCUGCUACAAUACUUAUAAUCUUGGAAUUUCGCCCACCUCAUGAAUUCUGACCAUGGCACGACUCAACGAGCCAAUGGUGUCAACAGAUAGCAUAGAAACGCUACGGCGAAAAUUCCUACGCCAGAAUCGAGAUAUCGCCCGAGUUAAUUCAACCCAAUCGCUCAAAAUACGCACUCUAGAGAAUGAGUGUGUCCGCCUAUUAUCCGAAAACCUCGACCUUCGAGGACAAAUACUACGACUACAAACAGAGUUGGAAGACAACAAGGCACAGAAAAUUGCCGACCAUGCUCUGGAGAUUAAGGAGAAAAUGGAAGCGCAACUAGCAGAAUGGGGAAGUAUGCUUGCGAGUUUGGGGCACGAGCCCAUACGUAAGAGCCGAUCGCCAAGAGAGGCAAAAAGGGCAAAACAUAGAUCGAGUAUUGGUCGCAUCAGUAUGUCUGAAUGGAAGAGGAGAGACACAGUGAGCUCAAUGAAGGACCUCGAAGCUGCCGCUCUUCAGGAAGGCAGAUUAGCGCCAAUCUGGGAGAACAAAACAUGCCCCCGCGAGACACUUAGUCGAGAGGAGAUCAUUGCGCUACGUUCCGUAGUGGACGACAAUGACGAUUCUCCGGAUCUUGGACCUCCACCUGUAUCACGUUUUGUCGAUGAAGAUCCCGUGAAGAUUGAUUUACCCACUAGAACUAAUCCAUCUAAGUCGGAUUGGUCGUCGCUAGAAGAUACGUCGUCUGAGCCUGCGAGCAAGAAAGAACCGCCAAUAGUACCCAAGAUGGAUAGAAAGAUAGAUGAUGCUGUCAACGAUGUCACCUCAACAAAGGUCGAGCCGAAAGAAGCGAAGGCGGCCGCGGUCCCGGAUCCCCAGCCUACUACCCAAGUUGCUAAGGCCAACUUGAAGAGGAAGCUAAGAGAAGAAGAUGAGAAAGAGAAUGCGGUGGUGUCUAAACCGGCAGCACAGACUGUUGCAUCGGAAAAAGAACCGGAGAAGCCCACCCACGCCAGGGCCCGUCCUGGUAGCAGGAUGCUCAAGCUUUCUGCGAACAGAAAAGACCCUCGGGAUCAGCCAUCCGACCCGCUUAAUAAGAGAAGGCCGUUGGGUGCGAAGAACUCGAAUGAAUGUAUCAAGUCACCGAAAAAGACGACGAAGCCUCCUGUUGACGAGGAGAUCGCGAAAGAGGAUAUAAAAGCAAAGAAGGACCCUACCCCGGUUGUCGAAGUGCCUGUUCCAGAACCUUCACAGCCUGUAGUGGUUACAGACGUUGAAAUCGAGACAGAAACACUGUCUGCGGAGCCCAACUUGGCUAUACCUAAUACACCAGAACCCACACCAAGAGAAGAGGCCAGGGAUACGCCGCCCCCUACCGAUAUCUCAUCUAGAGAGACAUCGCGGGGUAGUCGUAGAGCUAGAGCUGCUGUCAGCUACGCUGAGCCCAACCUGCGGGAUAAGAUGCGACGGCCUACUAAGCAGUUGCUCGAUGCCGUAUCGGGUGAGGGAAAGCAUAUUCGACGAGCUAGUCACUCGAAGAAAGACGAGUUUCCCUCCUCAGGUCCCUCCUCAGGCCCCUCUUCCAUAGUCAGCUCGGAAGGGAAAACGCAAUGGAAGGAGAUUCCCUCGAUCAACAAUGCAUUGAAGUCAACUUCGGAUGUCACGGCUAGUCCCCUAGCCCGAAAAGGCUUAAGAGCAACACUUUCCUCUAACGAGUUACCCACAAGCGUGGUAAUGGAAAGGAAGAACCGAAAUUCAACAAUCAAUGUUUCCACAUCGAGCGAUCCCGAAUCUUCAGCCCCAUCGUCUUCCGACGGAAACAACCCUACUAAGUCUAGUUCUCGAUCAAUAAACCGCCGCUUGGAUGAGAUCGCCGCACGAGAGGCUGAAGUAGCAAAGAUAUUCGACGACGAACAGGACGUCUACGAGUUCACCAGCCCGUCGUCCAAGAACGGUUCGAAGCAGAAGAACGCGAUAGCACCAGAAGAGCCAGCCAAGAAGAAUCACGGCAAAGUAACCCGACGCUCCAGGGUCAGACGAUUAUCAUCAAUACUCCACGAAGAUCAAGACCAUGGCUCCGAAGAGCUGAAAGGACCACGAUUUACCGGAUCUUCUAGACGGGCGACGGUCGCAGCAUCUAAAGAAUCGAAGCCAGAAGUAGAAAACCAAGGACCCGAUAGCUCGCUAGAAGGAGACAGUUUGAGCAGCAACUCCUCCGCAGAGAUAAACGGCUCCGCCCAAGAUCGAAAUGCAUCCAGACGGAGGAGCAUGAUGUUAUGAGAAAAGAGAUUCCUUUCACUAUGAUAAUGAUUCAUUCGCACAGGUCGUUUAUGGAGUUUUUCUGAAGAAAAAAAAUUGUAUAUGGAUUCAAGUAAUCACGAGGUUGAGUUGGCUAUCAAGAGCCCCCCUUUUCAAUAGUUCAUUUUUCAAGGCGUCUGGUUUGGGAUACAUACAUACCAUACCCCCUUCCUCGGUGUAUCCAGGAUACGAUUAAAGUUCUUUCAUUCGUUGCAUUGAAGAUUGUAUCAUUAGGUAGUCAG